AUGACUUUCAAAUUGCCUCCCACGAUUAUUCUCGGAACACACAGUGUUGGAGACUCCAUUGUCGACCCCGAAACCUCUCACUUUGAUGCCGAGCAAGAUGUCCAAUCUCUUCUAGAUGACUUCUAUGGCCGUGGAUACAACCAACUCGACACAGCUCGCGAUUACUCUCCGAAUGUACCAGGUGCAUCCGAGUCACGUCUCGGCAAGGCUAAAGGCGCCUCUCGGUUCACAAUCCACACAAAAGUCCACAGUGCAGACCCGGGGGAUCAUCUACCCACAAAGCUCGGACUUAGCAUUGAUCAAUCACUGGAGGAUCUCCAAACACCCACUGUCGAGACCAUGUUUUUGCAUUUUCCGGACCGCCAUACUCCCUUUGAGGAUACAAUCAAAGCGAUGGACACUGCUCUGAAACAAGGGAAAUUCAACAGGUACGGUCUUUCAAACUAUUCAGCUACUGAGGUGCAACGAAUACUCGAUAUCUGCGAGCGACAUGGGUAUAGGAAGCCUAGUGUGUAUGAGGGACAUUAUAACGCCAUUGUGAGAGGAGCGGAGAAGGAGUUGUUUCCCCUGUUGCGUAAGCAUAGUAUGGCCUUCUACGCGUACAGUCCCGCGGCUGGCGGUCUUUUCUCAGGCCAUACUGCUUCUUCGGGACGAUGGAAACGCGAUAACUUCCUAGGCAACGUUUAUACUUACCUCUAUCGGAAACCCCCGGUCCGCAUUGCAGCAGCUACAAUACUUGAGCUUGUAGAAAACUACGGUAUCAAUGGACACGCUGCAGCAUUGCGAUGGACAGCAUUUCAUAGUAACCUAGAUGGAAAGCAUGGCGAUGCCGUCAUCUUUGGUGUUUCCAAGACGGAACAGCUUCAUGAGACGCUCGAUGCCCUUGAGGCUGGUCCUCUUCCCGAGGAUCUUGCGGUUGCCAUAAACUCUAUUUAUAGUACAGUAGAAGGCGCCGAGCCUCCUUACCACUUAUAA